GAAUCGAGUGCGCGCGCGGUGACGACUACACUAACUGCACUCCCGAAGGAAGCCGUAAAAAAAAAAAAAACUUUGCGUUUUCCGGAAGUUUACCAACACCUGAGACGACGCUUUCUGAAACAUGGGAACAGUUGGCUUUACUCGAGGGAUAUCGAUACAGCGCAAAGCAAAGUGAGGGACCGGACGCAGAUCCGUUUGAGUGUAGAAGAUGAAUUCCGCAUGGUGUGCUCUUGGAAACAAAAUCACCUCUCUGGGUCUGGUUGACCUACCCAAGCUUACACAUGUGUCAAACUCUGGCAUAUCUUGUGUAGUGAUAUUCCCUGACAGCACAACACACACUUUCACAGUCAGCAAACAUGAUGCUGGGCAUGUGUUAUUUGACCUUGCAUUUAAACACCUGGGCAUAAUCGAGAAGCAGUACUUUGGUCUCCAGAUUACAGAAGAUACCUCUAGUUCACCUAGGUGGCUGGACCCUAGCAAAACUUUCAAAAAGCAGCUUAAAGGUUCUCCCCCAUUCUAUUUAAUAUUCCAAGUACGGUUCUUCAUCUCUGACCCUAACUCUCUUCAGCAGGAACAGACCAGACACUUUUAUUUUUUGCAAAUUAAGAAAAACAUUCGGGAGGGCAGGUUAAAGUGUCCAUUAAGCUCUGCUGUGGUGCUGGCAUCUUAUGCGGUUCAGUCUGAAUUUGGAGACCAUGUUCCUCAGUCUCCUCCAGGAUAUCUAGACCAAAUCCACUUUAUUCCUGAUCAGGACAAGGACUUCCUUUUAAAAGUAGCGUCAUUGCAUCCACAGCACAAUGGCCUAUCUCGGAGUGAGGCAGAGUUGUGUUACCUGAACACAGCUAGAACUUUAGACCUGUAUGGAGUAGAGCUUCAUAGUGCACAGGAUGCUAGUAACUCAUCUCUCUGGGUUGGGAUUGCGUCAGGAGGCGUGGCCAUGUUUUGCCAUUUGGUUUGUUCCGGUUUCUUCCCCUGGAUCAAUAUAAUCAAGAUUUCAUUCAAAAGAAAGAGAUUUUUCAUUCACCUUCGGCGGAAACAUGGCGAGGUUGGCCAACAAGUGGUGUCUCUGUCCAUGCCCAGCUCUCGUUCUUGUAAAAACCUCUGGAGAUCCUGUGUGGAUCAUCACACGUUCUACAACAGAAAAAACUUGCAUGCGGUCUCCAAACCUAGGUCUGUCCAUCUGUAUCGGAAACUAGUAGGUGAGGUGACGUGGAACCCUUUAAUAAAGUCUCUUUCCACUGAACAUCUGGAAACUAAAAGUCUCCCCUCAAGAUCUCCACCAAGUACACCUAACUGGCGUGGACCUCGUAUGCGUCAUGAUUUUCGUAAGCCCCGUCCAUCUUCUGUAGACAACCUUACUAAUGACAUGAGUUAUGUGACUGAGAGUGAAGAUGUGUUCUAUACUUACAGGAAAGCACAGGAGGAUGAGAAACCCAUUUCCCACUCCCAAUCUGAUGACAACACUUUGGAUGAGGAAGACUUUCAGUGUCUAUGGGAUAAGCAGGAUUUGGAAGCUGAUGGGGAGCUUCUGCUAAUCAGAUUCAAACCUGACAAAGAUGGCAAGUUUGGAUUCAAUGUCAAAGGAGGUGUGGAUCAGAAGACGCCUCUGGCGAUCUCUCAUGUAAACCCUAAUUCUCCGGCUGGUCACUGUGUCCCUGCAUUGCUGGAGGGAGAUCAAGUGCUCAUGAUAAAUGGACGUGACAUUUCAGAACACACACAUCAACAAGUGGUCAUGUACAUCAAAGCCAGCAGAGAGUCUCACAGCAAGGAGCUCUUAUUGCAUGUACGCAGAAAAGGUGUCUCUUUGCGAGCGGAAACCUCAUUACAAUUUCCAGGCAGUUUUAGCCUUCAAGAAGAAAUUCCUCCAUCCCCUGGUCACCCAUCUGGAGAGACACUACAGGAGUCGAUGAACCGUCUGGAAAGGGGAUUGACUUCUGGCACUUUGCUUAUGCAGUUUGAGAAAUUAUACAGGAAGAAAGCAGGACUGUUAAUGUCUUGUGCACAACUGACUGAGAACAUGGAAAAGAAUCGGUACAAAGAUGUAUUACCGUAUGACAUCACCAGGGUGGUGUUACAGACGGAGGAGGAUAAUUACAUCAAUGCGAGUCAUGUGAAGACUGAGCCAGCAGGUACCACGUUACGUUAUCUGGCAGCACAGGGGCCAUUGCCCAACACAUGUACUCACUUCUGGAGGAGUGUAUGGGAACAGGGAGUCAGUGUGAUCAUCAUGCUGACCACACUGACUGAGAGAGGAAGGACCAAAUGCCACCAAUACUGGCCUCAUCCUCCUGAAGUGAAGGACUAUGACUACCUUCAAGUGUGCUGUCAUUCUGAAAAGUGUAACUUGGCCUAUGUUACCAGAGAGCUAACGCUCACACACACUCAGUUGGGUGAACAGCGCUCCAUCACGCACCUACAGUAUGUAGCCUGGCCAGAUCAUGGGGUCCCAGAUGAUUCUUCAGAAUUCUUGGACUUUGUCCAGGCAAUGAGAAGUAAACGAAAGGGCACUGAACCACUUAUGGUCCACUGCAGUGCUGGGAUUGGACGGACAGGUGUGCUCAUCACCAUGGAGACGGCCCUGAUCCUGAUGGAGGGGGCACAGCCAGUGUAUCCUCUUGAGACUGUCGCUUCGCUGAGGGAGCAAAGAGCAAUGAUGGUCCAAACCUCGUGCCAAUUCAGCUUUGUUUGUCAGGCCAUCCUACAUGUGUACCGAGAGAGGUUCAAACACAGCCAAGCAACUAGCAGCUGACAAGAGGAGGACAUGAGAGAUGAACACACACAGAUAUCCUAAAGAGAUGAAAAACGAUCGGUUUUAGGCAUGAUGGAUCGUACGUAAAAAGAGUUAGAGUAACCUGGGUUUGUCAGCUUUUAUGCUUUCAUGCAAUACAUAAGAAAACUAGUAAAAAGUAAAGAACAUGAUUAAUAGAAAUGAGUAUUGUAAAGAAAAUUUGGGAUCAGAUCAAAUACAUUCAUAUUUCUAACCACAGUGGCUGCAACAAUGCAUCAAUACAACUGGUCCUAAUUCCACCUGGAUCUGUUGCAUCACUGCAUGGAAUCAACCCUCUUAUUUUGGGGUUGAAAAUAUAUAUAUUUUUAAGUAAAUUGUCAUUAUUUUAAAAAAUGUAAACAGACAUGCAGUAGCAAUUAUACAAAUUGUUAUCAAAAUUCAAGGUUUUUCAAUAGGAAAGGAGAUAUUCAGUAAUUCUGCAUAGGCAUCAUCCAAGCACUUACUGACACUGAUACACUGUCGUGCUGCUAAUAACCAGACUUUUCUCCACAUAAUUUUACUGUGUAUUUAAAUGACCAAAAACCAAGACCAAUGGCGUUCUGUGUAUCUUCAUUCAUUUAUUCAGUCAUCUUCCAUCACCACCUCAUCCUGGUUGUACACUGAGCAUGUGGUGGAUGAGGCACCAGUUCAUAACUAUACACAUACUGUAUAUUCACACUUAAGGCAAUUUGCGCCUCAUCAGUUCACCUACUAACAUGUUUUGGGGAGGUGAGAAGAACCAAUGGAACCUGGAGGAAAUCAUGAACAUGGAAAAACAUUCAGACACUUGUAUAGAUCUUGAGAAGUCAAAAAAGCACUCUGCCACUUUUAAACAUGUAUAAAUCAAUAGAAUACACACAAACGCAGUCCAAAUAGAAAUACUACUACUACAAAGAAAAUCACUUUAUUAAUAAAGAAUCAAAUAAAUGUUGA